AUGAAAGAAAAACUUACAGCAGUGAAAUAUAGCGAGUUUCCACUAGGCACAAAUGGAUCUCCUGUUGAUUUGGAAGACAAUAUACGUGGUCAUAUUCGGAUUAUGAUCAGACAAGGAUGGAAAGAUUACUCCUUCAAUCAAUAUGUCAGUGAUCUUAUACCCAUCAAUCGUACUCUGUUGGAUUAUAGAGACGAAUGGUGUAAACAAAAAAAUUAUUCAAAUAAUCUACCUGAAGCCUCCGUGGUUAUUUGUUUUUAUAACGAAGCCUGGUCCGUACUUUUGAGAACAAUUGACUCAGUCCUACAAAGGACUCCCGCCCAUCUUCUGAAAGAAAUAAUUCUCUUUGACGAUUUUUCAACUAUGGACCAUUUAAAGGAGAACCUAGAGAACUACGUUAGAACGUUAACAAAGGUGACGUUAAUCCGUGCUAACCGCAGGAAAGGCUUAAUACGAUCAAGGAUUUUGGGGACAAAAUAUGCUACUGCACCCGUAGUGGUAUUCCUUGACAGUCAUUGCGAAUGCACUACAGGCUGGAUUGAACCCCUAUUGGAUCGAAUAAAAAAGAACUCUGCAACUGUAGUUAGCCCAGCUGUGGGUCACAUAGAUCCUGCAACCUUCGAAUUUAUACCACAGACUUCAAAAUACCUACAAAUUGGCGGAUUCGAAUGGGACCUCAAAUACAUUUGGCGGCCGUCAUUAAAAAACCGGAAAAUUCCCUCAGCCCCAAUAAAAACGCCCACUAUAUCUGGAGGAUUAUUUGCUAUCAACAGAGACUUUUUCAAAAAAAUCGGCUAUUUCGACCAAGGCUAUAGAAUUUGGGGUGCUGAAAAUUUGGAGUUAUCAUUCAAGACUUGGAUGUGUGGCGGAUCCCUGGAAAUCAUACCGUGCUCACAUGUAGGACAUGUUUUUAGGAAGACGUUUCCGUAUAAAUUUGCGAAGCGAUCAUACAGGCGAAAUGCGUUGAGGCUAGCCGAGGUGUGGCUGGAUGAUUAUGCAAAAUAUUAUUAUCAAAGGAUCGGGGGUGUACGUGAAGAUUUCGGUGAUGUAACAAAGCAGAAAGAAUUGCGAGAAAAAUUGAAAUGUAAAUCAUUUGAAUGGUACUUGCAUAAUGUAUACCCAGACAUGAAAUUGCCUGACGUUAAUGUUGCUUACGGGCAGAUUUAUAGUAUUUUGGAUGGCUAUGCGGUGUGCCUUGAUAUGGCUUCGGAGUGGGUAGACGUUCAGACGGCUGUGAGUGCCAGAAGCUGUCAUCAUGAAGGAGGAAAUCAAUUUUGGUGGUACACUAAUAAAGGGAGGAUUGAACAUGAUACGAUUUGUUUAGACUUUGUUUUGGGAUUUGUGACCGCUUGCAUGUGUGAUGACGAGUCGCAGACACAAAUUUGGAUUUAUGACGCUAAGUCGAAGAAAUUACAACAUAAACAAAAGCGAAAGUGCCUAACAGUCAAGGAGAAUUUUGGCGGGGAAACUCUUGAAUUAGACCUGUAUAAAUGUAUAAAUAUAUCAACGCAAGAGUGGACUAUGGAGAACUUUAAUAUCAAUAGACUAUCUUCCGAACUGCAACCAUAAAAUUACCAGACCAGAACUAAAGUUGCUUGCCGAUCAGCAAAGCACGAGUUGUCAUUUACGUAUUUGCUUUAGACAAUUAUAUUUUGUAAAACACUCAUUAUAUUCAGGAACAUAACCUAAAAGCUUAAAUAGUCAAAUAACACGAUUUCACGCCCGUAAAGCGCUGCUAUACGAGUUAUAAUAAAAUAAGAUAAUAUCGACUUUUAGUUCGAGGAUUCCUUAUCUUUGCGUCUCGUGUUCGAAGAAUAUAAUAUAAGUUACAAUUAUAUACACAGACUGUAUUUAAAAUUUAAAUAAAUAAAUAUUUUCCUUUAUUGAAGCGGUUAGAAUAAGAGUAAUUGUAUAUUUUAGUGUGACCUUAAAAAAUUCCUUCCACUAAGCAUAUUUGUUACUUGAAUUUCACAUAAAUGGUUUUCGUAAACGCAACCACAGGAAGGUCCGAUGUUGGAGACCGCAUUACUGUGGUGGAGUCUGCUUUGUACGAAAAUUUAUU